AUGAUUUCUAAACACAGCUAAGCAUUUGAACAGCUGGGAUAUUUAUUUAACAAAAAAGAAAUGUAUGAUAAUGAUGCAAUUACGCUCAUUUAGAAGGCUGAUUAACUUGAUCCUAAAGACAGCUGGGAGGGAUUAUCAUUUCUGAAAAAAGAAAUUUGGGCAUUUGGAAAGCUGGGAUAUUUAUUUUAUAAAAAAGAAAUGUAUGAUCAUGCAAUUCCAUUCUUCUAGAAGGCUGUUUAACUUGAACAUAAGUACAGCUGGGAUUAUCAUUUCUGA